UGAUAACAUUCCUUCUACAGCAAUAUAUAGACUUACCGUAGACGGGGCAAUGUCUACUGGACAUCUCAAACUAAACAGGUGACAAUGGUGUCCAAAUAUUUUCUGCUCUUUUUAAUUCCGGCGCUCGUGGAAUGUCGGAUAUCAGUGAAAAUAACAGCAGCUACCUCUGAAGCGGAGGCGGAAGUGGAGUACAGCGGCGAGAAUGUGGAGAUCAUCAGCGACCGCGAGCGAGAGACCUUCGACAUCGGCGACCGCAGCCUCAAGCGAGCUGUCGAGAAGUUUGCAGACGCGGCGCCCACCGACGUGUACGUGAGGAGCCCCACGCCGUGGAACGAUGUCUACAAGACUUACAAAUGGGAACAAGUAAAGAGGAUCCUCAAACCUAUCAGAACGAGGAUCUUGGGAGUGCAUACCAAGCCUGUGAUCGUGGCCACGCGAGAGUUCGAGAACCACAGCGGAGUCAAAGCUAAAUAUAACGCCGCCAUCAAACAGGAGAUCCAGGAGACCGUCUCUAACACAUGGUCAGUCGGCGGAGAGCUGACAGUGGGCCAGGAGAUCGAGUACAGCGUCAACUUCGCUGCGGGCAGCGCCGGGGGCAAGACGAGUCUGUCGUACGCGGCCAGCUGGGGGAACGACACCACCAAGGAGAAGUCUGCGACGCUGGGCUCGUCCACCGGGGUCGAGGUAGAGCUAGAGCCUGGGCAGGCUGUGGUGGCCAGUCUGACAGCGACGCAGGGCACGCUGGACCUGGAGGUGGAGUACGAGGCGCGCCUGGAGGGCGUCGUGUUCGCCAACUACCGCAACAAGUACCGCGACCACUACUUCUGGGCCUUCCCCGUCAGCUCCGUGCAGCUGGCCGGCGGCCUGCCGCGGACUGUCAGCUCUACUGAGAAGAUUUCCAUCGGCUUCUACACGAGCGCGCGCGUCGAUAUCAAGGACAAAGUCACCACGGGCCGCAUCAAGCAAGCCCCGGCAGGCUUCGUCUAACUCUCACUCUUUCAAUAAAUAAGAUGAAGCCAUGUUUGCAACUUCACAUCAUGCUUUCACGAGUAGAUACGAGGAAUCUUCUCAGUUCUCGCGAUUUUAUUUGCUCACCAGAUGGCGCCAAUCUAGGAAUAGGUCAGUUUGUCCAAUCUCUUACAAAAUUGUACGUCUGAUGAUGUGACAUUACGUAAUUUCCGAUUAGACGAAAGACGACAACAAAGAGGGGAAGACGACAAUUCGACACCAUUGCCAUCUAGUAAUCAUCGGUAGCCCUCCCUCGCCCGCCGCGAUACUAAAUUAAAACAAAAUUUGUCGCCCGAAUACUGAAAGGCUACUCAAUUUUAAGUCGUAUUUAAAUAUCGUGCCGUCUCUGUCAUUUUACAAACCGUUUGUAGAGACAGAACUAUAAGCGAGACUUGAAUAGAGAGGCGUUGUGUUUUUGGACAUGAGUAAUAUUCAUGAUCUUUGGAACAACAACAAAAUAAAAUUCGUGAAGACUU